CUGCGCUCGUGCUCCGCUCGGGCCGCAUUCCUUCGCUGCGGGGAAACUUUGUAGACAUUUCAGCGGCGCGUUGAACCGCGCUUUCACUCUUAAAACGGGAUUAAAGGUACCGCUGUAACCCACGAGCUGCGGUGACGACAUGAUGAUGUCCCGAUCGGCACCCGGACUCCUUUUUCUCCACUUUCUCCACUUUCUCCACUUUCUCCACCUCCUCCUCCUGCCGAGUCUCUGCUCCUCCGGCUCGCGGACUGUCGGCCUUCCUGGACGAUGGGUACGGUCUCCUUCGUCCACCGGCUCCCUGAAACCCACAGCGGACAGUUGGCAACUGACCUUCAAGCCCACGGUGGGCAAAGUUCUGUUGUCGGUGGGCAUGGAGGCCAAACUGAACUGUUCCAUUGACAUCCCUAUUCUUUCGCUGGAACCCACUAUCGUGUGGUGGAAGGAUGGACUGGAGCUGCACGGCAGCCUGCAGGCUGUGGUCAACGAUCUGCACACGGCCGUCCAAGGAGUGUCUCAAGAAAUGGUGACUCUCCUGUCUACGCUCAGCAUUAGAAGCGUUCUGCGGGAUCACGCUGGCGAGUACGUCUGCAAGCUCAAUGUCAGCGAUGCCAUGAUCAAGUCGCAGCCCAUUGUCAUUCAGGUUGAAGGUCUUCCCAUGUUCACCAGGCACCCGGAGGAUGUGAACGUGACGCGCGGUACCCCGUUUUCCUUGAGUUGCGAUGCAGUCGGCCCCCCCGAACCAAUAACCAUUCUGUGGCUGAGGGACUAUUCACGGAUGACGGUCGACAGUGGUUCUCCCCAAAACAUUACUGUACCGGGCGUGGACAAGCACACCCAGUUUAGCUGCGAGGCUCGUAACGAGAAAGGAGUGACCAUCUCCAGAACAGCGCAGGUCAACGUCAAAGAGCCUCCAGCCCAAGUCUCCGGUGUGACAGUGGUCUCUCAAGGAUCCAACAGCGUGGUCCUGAGAUGGACCCCUGGACACGAUGGCUUCUCCCCACUUUCCACUUGCAGCGUUGUGGUGAAAGAUGUGACACCAGGGAGGGAUGGGACCACACAUGUCAUUAAGGUCUCAGUCCCGCCCUUCCAGCACGACAUCCCACACCUGCAGUCCCUCACUUGGUACAGCAUGAGUGUGUCAUGCAGCAAUGAGGUCGGCUCGUCCCCCAACAGCUCCUGGGUGUCGUGUCACACCGCAGAGGGAGUGCCAUCGGUGGCCCCCCACAACCUGACUGUUGAACCAAAUGGCUCUGUGUUGGUGGUCCGGUGGGAAAGCCCCCCUGCAGACCAAAUGAACGGGAUCUUUCAGGACUACGAAGUCCUCGUCAGGCAAGGAGAACGUGUCAAGAAGGUUCACAGCAACACUACUGUGGUCCACAUACCUGUCCGUGUGUGGAACACAACGUACCGCAUUCAGGUGGCAGCACGAACCAACGCUGGAAGAGGUGUCCUCAGCGCCGCUGUGGACCAUUUUGUGCCGGAGGCAGAUCUGGCCCCGUCUCCAUCGUCCAGCCCUGAGACCUGGGACUCGGACUCCGUGUACAUCGUGCUGGGUGUGGUGUGCGGAUUCUGCCUCCUGCUGCUCGUCGUGUGGGCUGCAAUGUGUGUGCACAGCAGAAUGUCAAAGACUCGUUUCCAACAGAUGUUUGGAAGUGGAGAGGACUUCAGCCCAGUGAUUCAGUACAGAGCCCAAAGGUCAUACAAUCGAUCGGCCAUUCAGGUGACAUUUGCCAAUCUUGGAAUAAGUGAAGAACUUCAAGCCAAACUUCAGGAUGUGAUGAUUGGGAGGUCGCUGCUUUCCAUCGGAAAGGUCCUAGGAGAGGGGGAGUUUGGCUCAGUUGUGGAGGGUCACCUGAAACUCCAGGAUGGAAUGUCUGAGAAGGUCGCUGUUAAGACCAUGAAAAUGGAUACCUUUUCUCAGAAGGAGAUUGAAGAGUUUCUGAAUGAGGCUGCUUGCAUGAAGGACUUCCACCAUCCCAAUGUCAUUCGCCUUCUUGGUGUAUGUUUAGAUGUGAGCUCUGGUCACAUCCCCAAGCCAAUGGUCAUUCUUCCCUUCAUGAAAUACGGAGAUCUUCACAGCUUCUUGCUGCGCUCUCGACUCGGAGACAGUCAGCUGUACCUGCCCACACAGACGCUUCUGAAAUUCAUGAUUGACAUUGCAUUGGGGAUGGAAUACCUCAGCAGCAAGAACUUCCUGCACCGGGACCUGGCUGCACGCAACUGCAUGUUGCGUGAUGAUAUGACAGUGUGUGUAGCAGACUUCGGCCUGUCAAAGAAGAUCUACAGUGGAGAUUACUACAGGCAGGGGAGAAUUGCCAAGAUGCCGGUGAAAUGGAUAGCUGUGGAGAGUCUGGCAGACCGAGUGUUCACAGUCAAGAGUGAUGUGUGGGCCUUUGGGGUGACUAUGUGGGAAAUAGCGUCACGGGGCAUGACGCCAUACCCAGGUGUUCAGAACCAUGAGAUCUACGAUUACCUCCUGGAGGGCCACCGACUGAAGCAGCCAGCAGACUGUCUGGACGAACUAUAUGAUACUAUGCUCAGUUGCUGGAGAGCAGACCCUCAAGACCGACCUCUUUUCACGGAGUUGCGAAUUCGCCUGGAGAAGCUAGCAGAGAAGCUUCCGGAAGCCACCAGUAGGGAAGACAUUAUCUACAUCAACACCAGUCUUCCCGAAGAGGAUCCAGACAACGUGUCCCAGCCGCUGUUUAGCUCAUCCCCCUCCUGCUGCCGCUCUGCCGCCGACACUACGCUGGUGACAGCGGAUGUCCACGAGAGCAUGGAGGCCGAAGAUGACCGCUACGUCAUUGUGAUCUCGUCUGAGGAAACUGCGGCGGCGGCGGCCGAUGACGGCAUGGAUGCGCCCCUUCUGCCCAGCAACGGUGUUCAGUUGCCAAACGGCAUCCCGGAUGGCGAAGCUGGACAGGCGCCGUAAUGCUUCGCCAAUUGUGUGACAAAACUGACAAGAAGCCACAGUGCGACAGACGGCACUGUCUGGACAUAAUUGCGCCGCUCUAGUACAUUAACUGUAGACUAAGCGUGGUGAAGAAAACUGAAUGAACAUUACCUCUUAAAUCCCUUCCUGUUUGCUAAUGAUAGCAAAGGUCGCAUUAAUAAUUAUUAUACAUUAUAAUG